AUGGAAGGUUGCUUUGCUACUUAUCAUGUGUUGGAGGAGAUAUUAGUUAGAGACAUACGCAAAGAGCGGGUCUUAAAAGUUGUGCUUAAUAAGGAAAACCAUGAUUUCAAAUGUGAAUGCUCAUUAUUUGAGUUUAGAGGUAUUAUGUGUCGGCAUGUGUUAUCCGUGUGUAGUCAGGAGAGGAUUAUAAAUCUUCUAGAGAAGUAUGUUUUAACGAGAUGGAAGAAAAACAUUAAAAGGAAGCAUUCAUAUAUCAAGACUAGUUAUGGUGUAACAGAGUUGAAGUCACAAAUGGACAGGUUUGAGAAAUUAUGCAAGCAUUUUUAUGAGGUAGCUGCUGAGUCAGAAGAGACUACCGAAGACCUCCAUGAAACAUUACAAUUGUUUAGCUCUAAUAUUUCCACAAAGGAUAGUGCCCUUAUUGAAGAAAACCUCAAUGAUGAUUUUAAUCCAAUCAAUAGUAAUAGAAUUUGCAGUUCAAAACAUGUCAAGCACAAAGGUCGUCCUCCAUCUAAAAGAAAAACAUCUGUCGCCGAAACGAUCGCCAAGAGGUCAAGGAAACGAACAAAAAAAAGUGAUCACACUGAGCUUACUACAAUAUGUCUACUUUCCUUAAUAAAUGAUAUCUUAAAUGUUGGAAAUUGUAUGUCAUUCAUGGAUCUUUUGACAACAUGUGAAACACCCUUGACGGGUUCAUCUCAAGUGGAAUAUUCGAGUGGGAUGUUGCAAGAUUGUAAAUUGAAUUUUGUAUUAACCCAAAUUGUAAAUGGUGCAGUAUUGUAA